UUUUUAGGAGGGUAGAUGCCCGGUGUUCACCGUGCAGUGAGACGCAACCCUGACGCAACCUGUCUGUAAAAUAUAGCGUUGAAGAAGGACACAAGGUUCUCCCUAUGUUGUCCUUUUUCGUGCGCAUAUUUUUUUAAGCUGGUUUCUUACACCUUGUUCGUCCAGCUUUAAAAAAUAAUCGAAUGGUGUUCUACUCUACCCUCUUAUUUUUUAUUAAAUUCAAACAUAAAAUAGUUCGUAAGUUUUAUAUCAAAUAUAGCAAUGUCUAACAUCAAUGUGAUGCAUAUACCUGAACAUUCACAAAAGGAAGACUACCAAAUACUUUAAGAAUUUCAUCAAAAGAGUGUUUUACAAAGACAUUUAUAAUGUCUUCGGUUCAACGUGCUUUUGCUCAUAAAUUGAGCAAACAGCAUGCAGCGGAUGUAAGACGACAAAUUGCUAUUUCUACUUCAUAUUCACGAGAUUUAUCAAAAAGUGGUAGUAGUAUUUCAGGUUUUUCUUCUACUAUGUCUUUGUGCGAAGUAUUAGAGCCAUUAGAUUAUGAAGAAUUUCUUGUACAACAUCAAUCAGUUUUAGACAGAGAUCCAUUACGACCAAUAUUAGAUUUUCCUCUUGGAGAUGUCGAGCUUAGAAUUGUCAAACGAAAAAUUCGUACGGAAGAACCAAUAGUGCCAUAUGAAUUAUUGGAUACAGUAUCACCUUAUGUUAGAAGAUGUAUUGAAAGUUUUACUUCAGAUUGGGUUAUGGUACAUAGAAAAUACAAAGGAAGAGUAUCUCCUAUUGCUAGAGAUAGAUUACUUCAAGAUACCCCUAGACAAGAUUUUGAGGUAGAUCAAGAAGAUACAAAUUGUUCUGGAUCACCGAAUGAAGAAGAAGAUUUAUCAAAUUGUGGAGAUACACCAAGAGGUUCCUGGGCAAGUUUGGAUUUAAGACAUUCUCAACAUGAUCCACUUCUUCCAAGCUUAUUGGAUAGAGUAUGUCCAGAAACGAUUGAUCAAAUGAAUGAACAAAAACGUUCUGAGGAUAGACAAGAAGCUUUAUUUCCUUUAUAUGCUCUUCCAACUUCUCCUGAUGAUGAAUGGCAAGAAAUUAGUGCUGCACCUGAACCAUCUGAUCCUUUUUCUCAUAAAAUUCUUGUAAAAUGUCUUCAAUUAAAAUUAGAGUUGGAAGUUGAACCAAUAUUUGCUAGUCUUGCAUUAUAUGAUGCCAGAGAGAAGAAGAAGGUGUCAGAAAAUUUCUAUGUAGAUAUGAAUUCAGAAGGUUUAAAAAGAAUGCUUGGAGGACAUAUAGUUUACAGUGAUGCUAGUACAUUAGCCAGAAGUUGCGUUAUGAGUAUUAGUAAACCAAGUCCAGAUUUAUUUUUGGUUGUCAGACUUGAAAAAGUAUUACAAGGUGAUAUUUCAGAGUGUGCAGAACCAUAUUUACGUGAGGAUAAAAACAAGGAAAAAGUAAAAGCAGCUGCUGUAGCAGCAUGCGAACGAUUGGGUCGUUACAGGAUGCCCUUUGCAUGGACUGCAAUUCAUUUAUCUGGAGUUAUAGGUGGUGGUGGUGGCGAUACAGAUAGCACCGGUAGUGCAGGCUCAUUAGACAGAAAAUCAGGUGGUUUAGAACAAUGGCGAAAAAAGGUAGAAACUCCAACUCGACGUGGUUCUUUAGAAAGACGUAGUUCUGAUAAAAGAAGGAGUUGGUCACCUGACGAUUUUGCUAAUUGUCUUGAUACUUUCAGACCUAUUACAUUAACAGUUUCAAGUUUUUUCAAACAAGAAAGUGAACGACUUAGAGAUGAAGAUUUAUAUAAACUUUUAGUCGAAUUACGACGGCCAGGUUCUAAUUUGAAACGAUUAAAAUGUAUACCAGGCAUUUUAAAAUUAGAUCUUAGUCCCAGACCCGAGGAAUUACCUAGAUGUCUUGAUCCUGAUCUUAGAAGAUUGAUACCAUAUCCUGACGAAAAAAGUCGGCCUGUAAAAGAAAUACUUGAAUUUCCUAGUGAAGUUAUUUCGCCAGAUUUAACAUACCGUAAUCUACUCUACGUUUAUCCAAAGGAGGUAAACUUCAGUUCUAGAACAGGUUCAGCACGCAAUAUAACUGUUCGUAUUCAGCUUAUGGGUGGUGAACAAGAAGCAGAUGCAUUAACGGCUAUAUUUGGAAGAUCUUCUUGUCCUGAAAUGACACAUGAAUGUUUCACAUCCGUUUCCUAUCACAAUAAAAAUCCAAACUUUUAUGAUGAGAUAAAGAUCAGACUUCCUGCUGAUUUAGGUGCUAAACAUCAUUUAUUAUUUACUUUUUAUCAUAUUAGUUGUCAGAAGAAAGCUGAACAACCGAAUGUUGAAACGGCCGUAGCUUAUACGUGGCUACCACUUUUAAGAGAUGGACAUCUUCAAUCUGGUGAAUUCAGUUUACCUGCAAUGUUAGAUCCACCUCCAGCAAAUUAUUCUUAUAUUGCCCCUGAUGUUUUAUUACCAGGAACUAGAUGGGUAGAUGCUCAUAGAGGAGUUUUUACAGUUAUAUUAGAGCCAGUGUCCAGUGUACACCCGCAGGAUAAAUAUAUUGAUAGAUUUUUAUCGCUUUGUGGCUUUUUGGAAACUGGACAAGUACCACCACGUAUUGGAGAGGCAGGAAUGGAAUCUGAGUUAAAGUCAGCUCUUAUGGAAUUAGCACGAGCUUCUCCUUCUGCCUUGGUUCGCUCGUUGCCACAAUUGUUAGAUCAGUUAAUUGCACUUUUAGUGCGACCACCUACGUUACCAUCUCAGUCAUUAAACGUAGCAGCUACUAUUUUCGAAGCUCUAGGUCUUUUAGUUCGUAAUAUAACGAAUUUACCGGAUGGUCAAGUGGAUGCACAUGGAAGACAUGCAUUAUUAGCUACGUACAUAGCAUACCAAUGUUCAUUACCUUCAACAUCUCAAACCCCAGGAGUCAUGAGAGCUCAAAGUAAUCCUGAUUUGCCUGUGGAGGAUCUAGAAAUGGAAGUACAUUCUCGAGGGCUAGAUAGAACGGCAUCAAUGAGACAGGAAUCUCCAUCAAUAAACAGUCAACCAUCUAGAAGAUUACUACACGAAGAAAUAGCAUUACAUUGGGUGGUUUCGACGGGACAGGCACGAGAAUUAGCCAUAACUCAUUCUUGGUUUUUCUUAGAAUUAAUAGUUCGUUCUAUGGUUGUAACAUUGUCGGAAUUGGGUAUAUUGGAAGCACCAAGAAAAUCAAGAUUUUCACCACAAUUUUGUGACGAUAUAGCAACACUUGCUGCAGCUCUAACAUCAGAAGUUAUUUCUCGUUGUGGAAAAGAAAAUCGCGUAGCAUCGAACUUAGUUUCAAGUCUUGGCAAUUUUCUGUCUGAUUUAUUAUCGGUCAUGGAUAGGGGAUUUGUAUUAUCUCUGGUUCGUGCUACAUGUUGUUCUUUGUCAGAUGCUUCUAUGCAUAUUCCUGACUCUGCUGCUCUAUUUGCAUUGAAACUUGAUCUAGUAAGAACAGUAUGUUCGCACGAACAUUAUGUAGCUCUGAAUCUUCCAUUUGGUACCGGAUAUACAUCAGGAUCCGCUCCAGCAUCUCCUAGUCCAUCCACUGGUAGUUCUGGAAGUUUAAUAUCUACUCUUGUUCCUGGAGAUCGAGCUAGAUUCUCUGAAUUGAGUCAAGAAUUUCGACAACAGCAUUUUCUAGUUGGACUAGUUUUAUCCGAUUUGGCUAACACUUUGGAAAUACCAAAUCCAAUGUUACAAAAUAAGGCCAUUGGCACAAUUCGUUAUCUUAUGGGUUGUCAUGAUGUCGAUCCUAGAUAUUCUGAACCUGCAGCAAAAGCUAGAGUUGCUGCUUUGUAUCUUCCACUUCUGUGCAUUAUUAUGGAUGCUUUGCCUCAAUUAUACCAUUGGGAUUCUAAAGAUAAAAGCGUCUAUCCAGACGAAUCUGGAUCUAUUACGCAAUCGGUUGCAUUGGCCAUAGCUGGCGGAGCUUCUGCUGAUACAGCAGGAUCACAAUGUCGUGUUUCCUUAAGUUCAGAAGCAACAAGGCAUCUUUUAAUGUGUGCCUUGUGGAUACUUAAAGGCUUAGAGAGAAGCGCACUUGGACAGUGGUGUUCGGAAUUAAGUUCUAGACGCGUUUUAAGUAUAUUACAAGUUCUAAAUAUUGCGACGGCAGCUUUUGAAUACAAAGGUAAAAAAGCUUUGAAAAGAUUGCCUCCACAAGCUGCAGCUACUAGCGAUAUUCGUUCAAGAUUGGAAGAUGUUAUACUCGGUCAGGGUAGUGCUAGAAGCGAAAUGAUGUUGCGCAGAAAAGAAAGAGCAAGCGGCGAUAAAUUGAGAUGGAGAAAAGAUCAAAUGCCUUAUAGAUCGUGCGAACAACCAGAGGGAAGAGCAGUGGAGCAAGAUGCUCACAUAGAAGGUGCCUUAGCAGCUGAAGCUUCACUUGUAGUUCUAGAUACUUUAGAGGCAGUUGUACAAGCAGAUGGAGGAGGAGGUGCAGUAGUUGGAGCUGUACUGAAGGUAUUACUAAGAGCAUUAGCUAGGAAUCAAAGCACAUCGGUACUCCAACAUAUGUUUAAUACUCAACGUGCUUUAGUUUUUAAAUAUCAUAGCGCUCUUUUUGACGAGGAAAGCGAAAGAUGUGGCGAUUUAUGUUUAACAUUACUUACAAGGUGUAGUUCACCAUUAAGCGCUAUUAGAAGUCAUGCAGCGGCUAGUUUAUAUUUAUUAAUGAGACAAAAUUUCGAAAUUGGAAACAAUUUUGCACGAGUUAAAAUGCAAGUUACAACGUCGUUGUCGGCUCUAGUUGGUAGAGGAAGAGCACCUAGCGAAGGAGCUCUUCGAAGAGCAUUAAAAACAGUAUUGGUAUAUGCAGAACGUGAUACAGAAUUAGCUGACACAAGUUUUCCGGAGCAAGUUAAGGAUUUGCUUUUUAAUUUGCAUAUGAUAUUAUCAGACACUGUUAAAAUGAAAGAGUUCCAAGAAGAUCCAGAAAUGCUUUUGGACUUAAUGUACAGAAUUGCGAAAGGAUAUCAAGGAUCACCAGAUUUAAGAUUAACUUGGCUAGCAAAUAUGGCACAACAACACAUGGAACGAAAAAAUCAUACAGAAGCUGCAAUGUGUCUCGUACAUAGUGCAGCACUUGUUGCGGAAUACCUUCAUCUUUUGGAACCAGGUGGUGGUGGUAGACCAGUAGGAGCCGUUGCUUUGAGUCCAGUGACACCAAAUGCUUUGGAGGAAAGUGCCGUCGGCGAUGAUGUUUUAGCGAGGAGAGAAGAGGGUUUGUGUUUAGGUCCAGAUUUUUCUGAGAGUGGUUUAGCGGGUCUUUUGGAACAUGCCGCAAGUUCUUUUCAAGCUGCUGGCAUGUAUGAAGCUAUCCCUGACGUAUACAGAGUAUUAUUACCAAUAGCUGAAGCUGCACAUGAUUACAAAAAAUUAGCGAAUAUUCAUGGAAAACUCCAUGAAGCGUAUACGCGCGUUGAACAAUUAGCCGGGAAACGUGUAUUUGGCACGUAUUUUAGAGUUGGAUUUUAUGGAGCACGAUUUGGAGAUCUUGCUGGUGAAGAAUUUGUUUAUAAAGAACCAACAUUGACAAAACUUCCGGAAAUAUUCUCAAGAUUGGAAAAUUUUUAUGCCGAACGAUUUGGCGCAGAAAAUAUAGUUAUAAUCAAAGAUUCGAAUCCUGUUGAUCCAACGAAGUUAGAACCUGACAAAGCAUAUGUUCAAAUUACUUAUGUCGAACCGUAUUUCGAAUUGCAUGAACUUAGACACAGGCCUACUGUGUUCCACAGAAAUUUUAAUAUAAAACGUUUUGUAUACGCAACGCCUUUUACACCCGGAGGUAAAGCUCAUGGCGAACUCAGGGAACAAUGUAAACGUAAAACGAUAUUAACAGUGGCAACGCAUUUUCCUUAUUUGAAGACGAGAAUUCGAGUGGUUGCUAGAAAGCAGAUAGUAUUAAGUCCUAUUGAAGUUGCUAUCGAAGAUAUACAAAAGAAGACAGCUGAGGUCGCAGCAGCUACAGCUCAAGAACCACCAGAUGCAAAAAUGUUACAAAUGGUUCUUCAGGGAUGUAUAGGUACAACCGUUAAUCAAGGUCCUGCAGAAGUAGCGGUUGUUUUUCUUUCAGGAUUACGAGAACAAAAUGCACAGCCUUCGAGGUUGCAGCAUAAAUUACGUUUAUGUUUCAAAGAUUUUUCGAAAAAAUGUCUUGAUGCUUUACGCAGAAAUAAGAAUCUUAUAGGUCCAGAUCAACGUGAUUAUCAACGGGAGCUAGAAAGGAAUUAUCAAAGAUUGACCGAAAGAUUGGCACCACUUAUCGCGUGGAGCGGACCGUCCUUAGGUAUGCAGUCGAUUACUCCAACAGCAUCAUCCCAUUGGUAAA